AUGUUAUGGGAGUUUAAGUUAGGCAAUAGUUCUGUACAGACAGCAAUUAAAAUUUGCAAUGUGUACGGCGUUGACACAGUAACAGACCGAACAGUACGAAGAUGGUUUAAAAAGUUUCGGUCAGGAGAUACGUCACUGAAAGAGGAACCUCGAUUGGGCCGACCUUCUGAUUUUGAUAAAGAUGUCUUAAAUGAAUUGUUAGAACAAAAUCCCCGCCAAACUACCAAAGAAUUGGCGGAAAAAUUGAAAGUAUCGCAAUCCACUAUUAUACGUCAACUUCAUGCGUUAGGGAAAGUAAGCAAAUUGGGUGUGUGGGUUCACAGACAACUAAGUGAUCAAAACAAAGCACAAAGAAUGUCUAUUGCAACAAGCUUGAUCUCUCGCUACAAAAUUGAGCCGUUUUUAGAUAAAAUCGUAACUGGUUCAGAGAAAUGGAUCAGAUAUGAAGCUAUUGUUCGCAAAAGGCAACUGAGUGAUGGAAAUGAAAAAGUGACAAAUGUAGAACCAAAGACUAAGUAUCAUGGAAGAAAAAUUCUGUUGUGUAUAUGGUGGGGUUGUUCGGGAAUUAUUCAUUUUGAACUUCUAAACAGGAAUAAUACAGUGACACCUGAAAUUUAUGUUAAUCAACUUGAACGUGUACAAAAAAAGCUUCAAGAAAAACAUCCUUCAUUAAUUGAACAGAAAAAUGUUAUCUUGUUACAUGAUAAUGAUAAACUACAUUCAGAGAAAGUGACUCAACAAAAGAUUUUAGAAUUAGGCUGGUCUAUUUUGCCAUAUCCAUCGUGCUCAUCGGAUUUAGUGCCAACAGAUUAUUAUCUUUUUCGAUUAUUACAGAAGGCAUUUGAUGGAGAAUCUUUCAAAAACACUGAUCAAAUAAAUAAAUGUGUCUCUAACUUCUUUGAUUCAAAGUACCCUGACUUUUAUACUCAUGGCAUUAAACAAUUACCACACAGAUGGCAACAAGUUAUUGAUAACAAUGGUGAUUAUAUUUUGGACUAG